GCUGGUAAAACAGAAGAAAAGAACGGAACACUGGUGUAGGAUAUAAUAUAUAGAGCAAGAGGGAACAACAGGACUACCAGGUCAGAUAACAGUGCUAAUAUUUGUGUAGAAGGGGAAUGGAGCGAAAUGACGGGAGGAUGGAAUGAAAGAGGGUGAGGACAGAAUAAGAUAUGGUAGGAGAAGAAGAGAUAAUGGUAGGCGAGGUAGAAAGGAAUGAAUAAAGUGACAAGGCUGAAAAGGGAUACUGACAGAAACGAAAUGAGAUAGGUAAGGAGUGGACAGGAGGUUGGCUAAAAAAUACAGGCGGAGGAAUCUGUAAUCUGAUCCUCAGUAUAAAGACAUCUGGAACUUGUACAUUGCACUCUAUUCAUACAUGAAUGGGAACACAUUAUGUCACUCUAAAUACGAGGACGGCAUUAAGUGUACUCUCAGGCAGCACAUGGUGCAUUCCCAUGCUUACAGGUGGAUGGACGAUCAUGCUAAAUUCCCUAUGCAUACCUUCUUAUUGACCAUACAACACACUAAGUCAUCUGUGGAAUAUACUGGAUGUCACGGAAGGAUCUCAAAGGCACCAUUUGGCAUUUUCCAUUGGACUUAAAUUGAAUGAGCCCACCAGAUAUGAGACUCAUAGCCAUACAGGAAUAAUCUUCUCUGAGAUUGUCCAGGAUCUGCAUCUGAUCUAUGCAAAGCUUCUUUUAACAUAGCAACCUCUCUGAAUGCUGCCUUGAUACAUGCUGCACAUUGUAUUAAUUCCUCUAAUACAUUGCAUUUUUUGGUUCUGGCUGGAAAGGGGCAUCCAGCAUCCACCAACCAGUUAUGACGCCCAUGCAGAAGUUCUUGCGAUUGCCGGUGACAGCUGUGAAUUUAGUAAAGAAUCACCGAUCAGAGGAGGCAAAAAGCCCUGUUUUGACACCGGAUGGAGGGAUCCAAACAUUUUACAAUGCACUACAAGCAGAUGAACUGAAACUACUCAAAUCUCCAGACAGAGAAACCAGCACGGAAAACAGCGGAUCCGGCUCUCAAAGUCAGCCUUUCCGACAUGAUGACUUGAAAGAAAUGUUGGACAGUAACAAGGACUCUCUGAAGUUGGAGGCUAUGAAACGGAUAGUUGCUAUGAUAGCUCGAGGAAAGAACACAUCGGACCUGUUUCCAGCUGUUGUGAAAAAUGUGGCCUGCAAAAACAUAGAGGUGAAGAAAUUGGUUUAUGUUUAUUUGGUUCGAUAUGCAGAGGAACAACAGGAUCUGGCUCUUCUCUCCAUUUCUACCUUUCAGAGAGGAUUAAAGGAUCCAAAUCAACUGAUCCGUGCCAGUGCUUUGCGUGUUCUCUCCAGUAUCCGUGUGCCAAUCAUUGUGCCAAUUAUGAUGCUUGCAAUAAAAGAAGCUGCUUCAGACAUGUCUCCUUAUGUACGAAAGACAGCAGCACAUGCUAUCCCAAAAUUGUAUAGUUUGGAUUCAGACCAGAAAGAUCAGCUCAUUGAAGUGAUUGAGAAACUUUUAUCUGACAAAACCACGCUGGUUGCAGGAAGUGUAGUCAUGGCUUUUGAAGAAGUGUGCCCUGAACGCAUUGACCUGAUACAUAAGAAUUAUCGCAAGUUGUGUAACCUGCUGAUUGAUGUCGAGGAAUGGGGGCAGGUAGUUAUCAUCAACAUGCUGACACGUUAUGCCAGGACCCAGUUUCUGAACCCUAACCAAAAUGAGUCUCUUUUGGAAGAAAACCCAGAGAAAGCUUUCUAUGGCUCAGAUGAUGAUGAAGGAAGCAAAGAAGAAAAGUCAGAACCAUCAUCCAUUGUGAAACGCAAGCCAUACAUUAUGGACCCAGACCACCGUCUUCUUCUUCGCAACACCAAGCCCCUACUGCAGAGUCGCAAUGCUGCUGUGGUUAUGGCAGUGGCGCAAUUGUACUUUCAUCUAGCACCAAAAGCAGAGGUUGGUGUCAUAGCAAAGGCCUUGGUUCGCUUGUUACGCAGUCACAGCGAAGUGCAGUUUGUUGUACUACAGAACGUGGCCACUAUGUCCAUCAAGAGAAGGGGGAUGUUUGAACCAUACCUAAAAAGUUUCUACAUCCGAUCUACUGACCCAACUCAGAUUAAGAUUUUGAAGCUAGAAGUCUUGACAAAUCUGGCUAAUGAGACGAACAUUUCCAUCAUUCUGCGAGAAUUCCAAACUUACAUUCGCAGCAUGGAUAAAGAUUUUGUGGCUGCUUCAAUACAGGCCAUUGGCCGAUGUGCUACUAACAUAGGCAGAGUCCGUGAUACCUGUCUUAAUGGGCUUGUCCAACUGCUAUCCAACAGAGAUGAACUGGUUGUUGCAGAAUCAGUGGUGGUAAUCAAGAAAUUACUACAAAUGCAGCCAGCACAGCACAGCGAGAUAAUAAAACACAUGGCCAAGUUAACCGACAAUAUCCAGGUGCCUAUGGCUCGAGCUAGCAUUCUGUGGCUGAUUGGUGAGUAUUGUGAACAUGUGCCUAAAAUAGCUCCUGAUGUAUUGAGGAAGAUGGCCAAGUCAUUCACUAAUGAAGAAGACAUUGUUAAACUACAAACCAUAAACCUUGCGGCAAAGCUGUAUCUGACAAAUUCAAAGCAGACAAAGCUCCUCACUCAGUAUGUCCUGAAUCUGGCCAAGUAUGACCAAAAUUAUGACAUCAGAGACAGAACAAGAUUCAUCCGCCAGUUGAUUGUACCCACAGAAAAAAGCGGAGCACUUAGCAAGCAUGCCAAGAAGCUCUUUCUUGCUCAAAAACCGGCACCUAUUUUGGAGUCUCCAUUUAAAGAUCGGGAUCACUUUCAGUUGGGCUCACUUUCUCAUCUGUUGAACGCCAAAGCUGUGGGUUACCAGGAACUUCCAGACUGGCCAGACGAUGCUCCCGAUCCAUCUGUGCGCAACGUGGAGGUGAAGGAAGCUGUUCCUGAAUGGACUAAGUGCCCAAGCCGAGAAAAGAGGAAAGAGAGGGAGGAAAAACCAUUCUAUUCUGAUUCAGAUGGUGAAUCAGGACCAACCGAGUCUGCAGAUAGUGAACCAGAGUCCGUGAGCGAGUCAGAGAGUGGUGGGAGUGGCAGUGGAAGUGGUUCAGGGUCUGAGAGUGAAGAGGAGGAGGAAGAGAGCGAAGAUGAAGAAGAGUCUGAUAAGGAAGAGAGUAAAAAGAAGGAUGAACCACAGAGUGAGGGAAGUGAUGAAAGUGAUCGGGAACAAAAAACAACAGCAAAAGGGAAGAAAACCCCUGCAAGAACAUCAAAGAAAUCAGCCUCAGAAGAGAGCAGCUCAGAGAGUGAAACGGAGAGUGAAUCGUCUUCAGAAGACGAGGAUGAGGAAGAACAACCGCAGCCUGAGCCUAAAAAGAAGAAGCCUUUGACAGUUACCAAACCAACAAUGAAGCAACCCAAGGAGACCAAGGAGAUGUCCUUACUGGAUCUAGAUGACUUCUCAGUGCCCUCUGCUCCUCCUACAACUUCAGCAACUAUUGUCUCAUCCAGCCUUGUGACCGACCUUGAAGGGUUGUCACUGGCAGACUCUUCUCUAACCCCCACAGUAAUCAGUCCUAUAUUUUCUUCUGUUCGCACAUGUGAGCUAUUACAUAGGAUGACAGGAGAGGGUCUCUCUGUGGAAUAUACAUUCAGCCGCCAGCCAUUUACACCUGAUCAUCGCAUGGUGGCCGUUCUAAUAAAGAUCUUCAACAACACUGAGAGUGAAGUGCGAAAUAUCCGUACAAGUGAGCUCAAGCUGCUGUGUGGAAUGAGGAUGCAGGAGUUCAAGGAAAUUGAAUCACUGUCACCAGGUGAAAGUACCUCUGUGAUAAUGGGCAUUGAUUUCUGUGACUCCACUCAAGCUGCCAACUUCCAGCUCUGCACACACACACGGCAGUUCUAUGUGUCCAUCCAGCCUCCAGUCGGAGAACUAAUGCUUCCGGUGUUCAUGAGUGAAAAUGAGUUCAAGAGAGAGCAGGGAAAACUUACUGGUAUGAAUGAGAUCACAGAACGAUUGUCAGUGUCUGGGAAGUAUCAAAGUGACCAUGUCAUUGUACAGCGAGUCACAUCUGCUGCUAACAUGAACCGUGUUCCUUGUGGUGCGGAUAAAGAAUACAGAUUUGCAGCUAAAACAGUGUCCAGUGGAACCCUCGUCCUGGUGACCUUGACUCUGAAGGAUGCGUCUUCUGCCCUGCUGACUAUCAAUAGUGAAAAAAUGGUGAUUGCAACCAUGUUAGCUAAGGACAUUGUCCAGGCCUUGACACAGUGAUCAGUUAUUUAAUAUAGUAACAGAGAGUGCACUUCCUACUUGCACUAAAACAGUUGUGAACUGGUCAUACACGUUAGAUUAAUGUCAGCUGAGCAUCUAAUGUAUGUGGUCCCCUGACGGCAAAUGUCAGGGACAAGCAGCGUCAGGCUGUUAGAUUUCAACAUGUCCUGAGCAAGGAAGAUAAGCCACUGCCAGAAGUGUCUAUCAGAAGCUUAUUCCCCUCUUCCCACUGAGAACACAUACAUGCUUGUCCAAGCUAAGCAUGCAUGUGUAUGAGGGUAUCAGAAGGAAUAGCUGUUUGCUGAACGAUCAUUCCACUGAUGGCUAAUGUGUAUGACCAGUCUUAAAGGGGUUUUCUUGGGAGUAAAAUACUGAAGUUCGUGUGCGGGUUCAUGUUGUGGUAUUUACUGAAUUGCGUUAUGGAUUCAGUUACCCCGGACCAUAACGCAAUUCAGUGAUGGAAUGCCUUUUAGAGGCAUUCCGUUAUUCAUUCCGUCAUAAUAGAAGUCUAUGGCCUGCAUAACGGAUCCGUCGGGUUUCCGUUAUGCUAGAAUCCUCUCCUGCAUAAAGUAAACCGGACAGAUCCGUUAUGCAGGCCAUAGACAUUCUGUUAUGCAUUCAAUCAUGGAAUUGCGUUAUGGUCCAUGGUAACGGAAUCCAUAACGCAAUUCAGUAAAUACCACAACACGAACCCACACACAAACUUCAAAAUAUGAAAUUUGCUCAUCCAUACUGAUGACCUAUCCUUAGGCGAGAGUCUGACUCCCGGCAACCCCUCCAUCAGCUGUCCGAAGAGGAGUGGCAUCAGAUUUUAUGGUCACAUGGCCCAUGUGCAGCUCAGUCCUAUUCAAGUGAAUGGGCAUGGGCAGCAAUACCAAGCACAGCCACUAUACAAUGUAUGGCGCUGUGCUUGGUACGCUGUGAGAUGAGCGAUUCAGUUCUUUCAAAUAGCAGAUCCA